AUGUAUCGCAAAUUGAAACAAUUAGCUUUCGUAAUUUUUCCGAGAUCACAUGGCUUGAACACUUCAUGGAACGAAUUUAUAAGCAAAAAACUAUCUACCAACAAUAACGCUGCGAAGCUUGUUAACUUUGAAACUUUUAAUGCCUACUCAGUAUCUACCGCAUAUGUUUGUAUAACCUUUUUUCCCAUUCUUAAUUAUACCUUGAAUGGCAAAACCUACAAAAGAAAAAUUAAAACUUUAAAUAUUGGCCAGCAGCAUGAAAUGAUUAAAACAAUGGAGUUGACUUUCUCGUAA